AAAACAAAAACAACGUGUUCUUGAAAGCUAAAUGUACAUUUUGCAAAUAUUUUAUAUUUCUUUUGAAAAACAUCUGUCUUGAAUUUUGCGUGGGAAUUAUUUCAAUUGGAUGUGGUUUUUAGGUAACCAUGCACAGGCCAAAAAGAAGGAUAAUUUCACGUUCUUUGGAAUAUAACAAUGGCAUGUUACAUGAGGAGGAAAUAGCUUUAAGACGGGCACUACAUGCCUCGCUGAAUGCUUCAAAAACUGUUGACAAUGAAGAAGAAUACAAAGAUAGCUCUGAUGAUUCAAGUUUGGCGAGUUUCAAAAAGCAAGGGACCAAAUCAAACCUGGGGGCUUCAGGCAUAGACGAGGGUUCUCAGAGGAAUAAAAGAGAAUGCGACGAGAGUGUUGGCAGCAAUGAUAAGAAAAGACAGAAGAAAUUAUUAGUUAGAAUUAAACCAAAGCACAGAAAGAGAAAAGGUUUGGGUAAUGCUGCUUCCAAAGACAUUGGUAAAAAGAAAGUUACAAAGAGUAAAAUUUUAGCAGUUAAGGAGGAUGAUAGGAGAGUUAUCAAAAGAAGGAGACGAAAGAAAAAUGUGGAUCAAAUGAUAGAUGAUAGGAAUAUGAAAUCAAAUGAAAGUUUACCCAAAGUUCAUGUGCAAAGGAAAUUUCCUCAGACCAGCCCGGCAAGCCCAAGAAGCUUACUCUUAUUUCAAAGUCAAAUGCAACCAAUGACAACCAGAGCUAAGACAGAAGACUUCCUUGACUUCCUUUGUCUUCGAGGCUCGACUCAGAUGCCAAAAUACUUAGAAAUGUUUAACAAUCCUUGUGCACCAGUUUCGCCAUUGACAGAUGAAGAUGAAAGUUGCAAAACAGCUUCUUCUAAAACCUCUGCUAACGAGGAAAAAAAUGAUAAUGAACCAGAUGUCAAACAAAAUCUCAUCACACAGUUAGAGGAAAGCGCAACAUCAACUAGUAGUCCUAGUUUGUUAGUAUCCUCGCCAGUCUCAACGCGGGUCCAGUCUCACACCAUCUUACCUCAAUUUACAAGCAAUCAUGAUGUUUUAACACAUAUCCCAACUCCUAUCCCAUAUCCAACACCACCCACACCUGCCAAGCAACCAGGAUUUGAUGUGUAUGGUGCCCCAAGUACCACCAGGGUUGCCCCCUCCCUUGUACCCAACCAGCCUAGAGUAUCAUCAAUGGUCACAGAGACGCACAUGUCUCCACACAUGUCUCCUGGUGAAAGACAUGGAUUCCAUCCUGUCAGUCAAUCUGGACCAGUGGAUAAAGAAACACUAAUUAGGAUUUCCCCACAUAAAGUAGAUGAAAGUGGUGGUAAGCUUCUGAAAAGCCCAAAGGAAAGUCCUAACAAUAAAAAAGGAAAACUACCAAAUAAACAGCAAGAUAUCAUUCCAAAUAAAUUGUCCAAGGAAGGUCUGAUAGGAAGCCCAAAUACAGCUAAGAAAAGUAAAAGAAGAUCUUUAAAUUUUGAGUCAAUUCCAAUGGACUCAAUUCCAGAUGGUUGCCAGGAUCCUGUGAGAGGUGGACAAAGUCAGAGCAAUUAUGUUCCAAUAUUUAAACCAACAGAAAUUGAAUUUAAGAAUCCUUUGAAGUAUAUUGAGUCAAUCAAACCAAAGGCUGAAGGGUUUGGUAUUUGUGUCAUAGCUCCUCCUGACACAUGGCAGCCAGAAUAUUGUCUUUCUGAUGAAAUUCGUUUUACAACUAAGUUACAACGUAUCCAUUGCCUUGGCAAAAGUUAUCCAACUGUUGAAGAUGAAUUAGCUGCCAUUAAACAACAUCUUGAACAGCAAGGUAUAUUACUUUCAGCUAUGCCACAGGUACGUCUUAUUAAUCCCCGGUUUGCUGAAUAUAAAAUCAUCUUGUUUAUCUCUCGCACGCAAUCUCAAAGUGCCGAGGUUUCCUCUCAGAUUGCAGGUUGUGAAGUCGAUCUUCCUUUAAUGUCUUCAGUUGUGGAAGAAUUUGGAGGUUUGCAACAGAUCAUCGAUAAAAGGAAAUGGACAAAAGUCGCUGAUAAGUUGCAGAUACCAAAAACCGCGGUGGACAGAAUCACGAAACUUGAGCAUAUCUACUGCAAAUAUUUGUUGUCCUACGAUAUGCUUUCGAAGGAAGAGAGGACAAAACUUCGCGCUGAUGAGGAAAAUAAACGUAAAGAAGAUUCUGGAUCGUCAAAAACUAAACAAGAAUUCAUGACGAAGGGACGGUCAAUGUCUCUUGCCAUUUUCCAACGCAAUGCAAAGAACGUUAACGAGUUUUACAUGAAACAUACAGACAUCACAAAAAUUGAGGACGUUUUUUGGCAAAUGACAGAUGAAGGCCGACGUUAUGUUGUUGUCCACUCAGCAAUGUUGGACGGUACCGCUUUUCCGACAAGCAAAACUAAACCGUUUUACAAAUCCAAGUGGAAUUUGAAUGUUCUACCAAGAGUUCCAGGAUCACUUGCAAGAGAUCUUCCCGAUGUGGAGGGUGUUACCUCACCUGUGGUUAAAGUAGAAAUGGUCUUAUCCACGGAGACUUGGCAUCCUCCAGCACAUGAUAUGUUAAUUUUGGAAUAUCUUCAUCAAGGGGAGAAUAAGAUAUGGUAUUCUGUUCCACAGCAUAGCAAGGAUAGAUUUUUGGAAGCUGUUAAAACUGAACUUAAUGGAGAUAUUGAUCGUAUGAAAGAUCGCGCGAUUUCUCGUUCAUCAUUGAUCAAGUCUGGAAUCCCAGUGUAUAAAGUUGCUCAAGAACCUGGACAAUUUAUUGUCAAAUUUCCACAGGCUUAUCAUUCAUCGUUGUCAACUGGGUUUUGCGUCUCAGAAUAUGUCACGUUUGCUCCACUGUCCUAUGUCCCACGAAUAAAAACUACAUUUCAGGGAGAUUUAAAAUCUGAAGUUGAUCAUUUGUUCAGUUGGGAAUGUUUCAUUGUGUCCUCGAUGAAAGAAGAGUUGCGAAGAAACAGCUGUGAAGAAACUCUGAACAUUUUAAUACCAGAACUGAAAGAGUUAAGGGACGUUGAGACCAGAUUGCAAAGUGAACUCUCAAACUUAGGAGUUAUUGAAAAAUCAAGAACUGACAUUUCUCCAGAAAAGAAACCUCGUGGUCGGCGCAUAAAUUCUGACGAGAUCGAAAACUGCCAUGAGUGCAAUCGUUUCUGUUUUCCCUCAAUGAUAAUGGAUAGCUCUGACACUCCGCUGUGUUUGAAUCAUGCGUUGGAAAACCUCAAAGAACAGAAAUCAUCUGAUUACACACUAACUUCUCAUCUCUCAUUGUCUGAUCUGAACGAGUUAGUCAAAGAAGCUGAAGAUAAAUUACAUCUAAUUCAAACAACACCUCGUAAAGCGAAGAAACGUCAAGCAGGUGUUAUCACAUCCUUUGAAGGUAACAUUAAGAUCCCAGACACAUUUGAGUGAAUCAUGAGGGAAUAAGCUGGC